UAUAAUCAUGCACGAGCUGCACACAGAGCUCCACUGUCCUGUACAAAUGUGCAGCCGAGGCACAGAGCCCUGGUAGCUGCAGCUGGGUUUGUGUUCAGGUGUGUCCAUACCAGCCAUGAACACACCUGGGAGUGUGCAUGGACACGGGUGCACAUGUAUGUGUGUGUGUGGAUACGGCUGUGGAGCUGUGUGCCUGUGGGGCUGUGUCUGUGUCUGUCUGUGUGUCUGGGUGUGUCUGUGUGUCUGUCAGCACACACAGAUGCCCGAGGCCCCCCCGGGGUGGGUGGAUGUGGUGGAGCCGCCCCGGGGUGUGGCAGCCCCGGCAGCGCCUUUAAAAGCGGGACUGAGCUGGGGCGAUAUUGGAGAAAGAGAGCCACUGAGACACCAGGACAGCCACCAGGACACCCUGCUGAGCCUCAGAACCCACAGCCAUGAAGGUGACGCUGUGCCUCGGCCUCAUCCUCACCCUCGCAGUGGCCGCCUGCCUGUCCCGGCCAGCAGCAGAGGCUCCAGGGGCCCUGGGGCACCCCCAGCAGCACCACCCCAGCCUGGCCAGGCGGGACUGGCCCGAGCACCUGUCCCAGGAGCAGCAGCACUUCUUGUCCCAGUUCCUGCCCCACGUCCUCACAGAGCUGAACAAGCACAAGGCCUUUGUGCACGAGGACGAGGGGAUGGAGGCUUUGCACGACCACUACUACCCCGACUGGAUGGACUUCGGCCGCCGCAGUGCUGAGGAUGACGCUGGUGCUGUGUAGCUGCUGGGCUGGACUGGCCACACAGAGCACUGACACACUCAG